UUGAGAGACAGAGCUCGUUUAAAUUCCAUCAGUACACCCCAUGCGGGAGCGUGGUUGAGGGCAAUACCAAACCCUAAUCUCGGCCUUUCCAUGCUUUCUCAUGAGUUUGUCAUUUCUAUACGGCUCUGGUUAGGGAUUAAGAUGUUUCCCUCUCCUCCAACUUCGAUCCUGUGCACUUGUCGUCAACACAUCGAUCCUUUUGGAGAUCACCUCAUCAGCUGUGGUACAGGUCCAGAACGCACCAGAAGACACAACGCAUUGGCAGAAGUCAUUUUCCAGGCGUUAUUAGUUGAGAAUAAAGACGUGGUAAAGGAAGUGAGAUGCAGUGGUAGUGACGAAAGUCGUCCAGGUGAUGUUUUUCAUCCUGACUUUUUAGAGGGCAAACCAGCUUAUUUCGACAUAACAGUCAGAAACUCAUUGCAGCCAUUGUACGUGACAAAAGCAGCAGUAAGGGCUGGGGCAGCAGCUGAAGCAGGUGAAGAACAGAAGGACACACGUCACGAAGCAAACGUUCUGGCAACAGGUGGUCUUUUUUACCCCUUGGUAUUGGAAACAUUGGGUUUCUGGUCUCCGUUCAGCAUUAAAACGUUAAAAGCUAUUGCAUCUAAAACUUCAGCUGUCAGCGGAAUUCGAUUCCAUCAAGCUUUCCAGAAUUUGACGCAACAACUUUCGGUACAGUUGUGGAAAUACAAUGCAAGGAUGUUGUUCAGAAGAAUUCAAAUUGAAGUACAGGACAUUGAUAGUUGGGAUAUACCCACCGUAGCGUAG